GUUAAUAAACUUUUAUCAAAGAAAAUAUAUCUAGAAACUGCUAGCUUUGCUUGAUGUCUUUAAACUUGUCGCAAUAUGGCAGCAAGUGGCCGACCUGAGAGACAAGCUCCGCCAGAAAUUUUUUAUAAUGAAACAGAAGCUCAGAAAUAUACAUCAAAUUCUCGUAUGAUUGAUAUUCAAUCGAAACUUUCCGAAAGAGCCAUUGAAUUAUUAAACCUACCAGAAGAUCAGAGUUGUUAUAUUUUAGAUGUUGGGUGUGGUUCCGGUCUGAGUGGUGAGUGUUUAACAGAGGAUGGUCAUAUUUGGGUUGGCAUUGAUAUAAGUGCUGCUAUGCUGGAUGUGGCACUGGAGCGUGACUCAGAUGGAGACUUUCUGCUUGGUGACAUGGGAUAUGGAAUGCCCUUCAGAGCUGGCACAUUUGAUGGAGUUAUCAGUAUUUCUGCAAUCCAGUGGCUGUGUAAUGCUGACAAGAAAACCCAUCACCCAGUGAAACGGUUAUUUAAAUUCUUCAGCUCCUUGUAUGCCUGUAUGGCCCGUGGCGCAAGAGCUGUUUUCCAGUUAUAUCCAGAAAAUGGACAACAGUUGGAAUUAAUAACACAACAAGCAAUGAAAGCUGGAUUUUUAGGUGGGGUAGUUGUGGACUACCCCAACAGUACCAAGGCCAAAAAGAUAUUCCUCUGUCUUUUUUCUGGUGGUGUCCAACAGCUUCCUAAAGGUCUUGGCACUGAAGAAAGCAGCUCUGCCGAUAACCACAUCGAUUACAUUAGUAAACGAGAAAGAGUUAAACAACUAAGAAAAUGCAAAAAUCCUAAAAAGAGCAAAGAUUGGAUCCAAGAGAAGAAAGAUCGAAGGAGGCGACAGGGCAGAGAUACUCGACCAGAUACAAAGUACACAGGAAGAAAGAGACGACCCCAAUUCUAAACAUGAUUUCUUUAAGCUGUGAUAUAAUAAAUAAAAUUUUUUGUCUUGCAGAACAUCAGUCCCCGUCACAUAGACCCUCUCUGCAUGAUAGAUGAGAGGACAUUGCUGCCCCCCCCCCACCACCACCACUCUCUUAACCUUCACUUGGAGACAAGGGUCAAUGUAAGUGGUCCCUCUUACAGUGUAGUUGGGAUUCAGUGUGAGCAGCCCCUCACAACCCUUUUGCUGUAGUUGAUUCUGAGAGAAAAUAAUUGACCCCAGCACAUUACCAGUGCUUUAUGAGUCCUGGAAAGUUGACCUCAGCAGGUUUUGAACUCGGCAUGCAAUUACCACAAGGCACUUGACUGAUGCUCUGUGCCAGUCAGUUGCUUUGUGAAACAAUAAGAUGAAAUUUUAAGUUGGUUGGAGAUUCUUAAUCAAACCUUUUCUUACCAUAUUCCUGUUGGAAGGAAUCCUCUUUAUCUCU